UUGGUUUAUGAGUUUAUGUCAAAUGGCACGCUGAGGGAUCACCUUUCUGUACGUUCUGCAAAACCUUUGAGUUUUACCACAAGAUUAAGAGCUGCCCUGGGUGCAGCUAAGGGAAUUCUGUACCUUCACACGGAAGCUGAUCCCCCAAUAUUCCACAGGGACAUCAAGUCCAGCAACAUAUUAUUAGACUCCAAAUAUUUAGCAAAGGUUGCUGAUUUCGGACUUUCACGACUUGCACCUCUACCAGAUACAGAAGGCGAUGUGCCAAAUCAUGUAUCGACGGUAGUAAAAGGGACACCGGGUUAUCUCGAUCCAGAGUACUUCUUGACUCGUAAAUUGACAGACAAAAGUGAUGUUUAUAGUCUUGGUGUCGUGUUUUUGGAGAUUUUAACUGGGCGGCACCCGAUCUCACACGGCAAGAACAUCGUUAGAGAGGUCAACCGUGCAUAUCAGUCUGGAAAAAUUUUCUCGAUUAUCGAUGGUCAACUCGGAUCUUAUCCCCUUGAAUGUGUUGAAAGAUUUGUGACUUUGGCUCUGAAAUGUUGCCAAAAUGAAACAGAUGCACGCCCUUCAAUGGCAGAAGUCGUUCGAACACUCGAAACUAUCUGGCUUAUGCUGCCCGAGUCUGAUACGAAAGUUGCAGAGCCUCCAAUGACGAACGUCGUAAAAAUGACCAGUCCUCCAUCUUCAUCAUCCAACAUGAAUAACUAUUACACAUCAGAAGUCUCUGGCAGCGACCUUGUAAGUGGAGUAGCUCCCACCAUCACACCCAGAUAGACAACAUUAUUUCCUUAAUCGACACUUAAUUAACAAGCUUAAUCUCAGUUUGUAUAUAGUUUUGCAGACACGAUUGUUCUUCAAAUACAUUAAAUUAUUGUAUCUUCAGAGCAUAAUUUUUGGUUCACUAUUAGGAAAUACUUUUCAUGUGGUUCAUCCACUUGCUAAUGUAACUAGUGUGGUUAGAUUUAUUUACUUCUUGUUGUUAUAAAGUUAAUAAGAUUGAUUGAAUGUAA